GCACCAGGUCUUGCGUCCGCCCUGCGGUCGCGGGGCCACCCUCCGGCUGACCAGCCCUCGCGCGCGCGCGGCCCGCGCCCGCGCGGCCAUGGCGGCCGCAGGGCCACCCAGCGGUUCCGCGCCAACCCUGGGCAGAGACGCCCCCUUGCGGCUGCCCAUCCCCACGAAGAGCUCUGGCAAGACCGCGCCCCCAGUUCUCGGGAUGAUUCCCGAGGAGCAGACCCGGACGGUCUCCCAGGCCGAGCUCCACGACCUCAUCGUGGAGGACCACCUGGAGGCCCCCCCCGAGGCCGACCCCGCCAGCGCCGUGGCCUCCAGGUGCGUCCGCACGGUCGUCUUCUUUGUCUUCUGCCAGGCGGUGCAGUGCUUCAUGUCGUACGAUGGGGGCGCAACGCCGGCCAGCCUCGACACCAUCCAGGAGGAGAUGGACGGCGCGUGGGACCCCUCGGAGUUCGGCAUCCUUGGCUCCAUCGACAAGGUCGGCAUGACGGCCACGUCCAUCAUCUGGGGCCGGAGCCUCCAGCUCUGCAACGUCAAGCUGCUGCUAUGCACCGGGCUGCUCAUCAACGGCCUGUGCACGGCCGCGUUUGGCAGCCUGCGCAGCAAGUGGAUGAUGUACCUGGCCAAGCUGCUCAUGGGCGCCACGCAGUCGCUGCAGGGCGUCUGGGGCACGGUGUGGACGGUGACCAUGGCGCCGCCAGACCGCAAGACCCUGUGGCUCGGCCUGGGCGGCGUGUCGGUGCGGCUUCUUCUUACUCUUACUGCUCCUCCCUCCUCCCUCCUCCCUCCUCCUCCUUCUCCUCCUCCUUCGAAGUGUGGGGUUUUCCUGUGUUGUCCUGUUAUGUUGGCG